AUUAAUCACUCACAGCAUCACUGGUCCACACACAAGAGUAUAUAACAGGGAUGCUCAGGCUGCAUACUGCCAAGGGGAGGCAAGCAAGAGAGGGGGGAAAAGACAUCAUUUUCUUCUCCUGUGAGGUCUUUGCAAAGCAAAGCAACAGCAUCUUUAGACAAGAUGUGCUCUUGCAGGAAUUUAAGUGGAAGAGACAAAGAAACCAUGCUACCAGCAGCAUCAGAGAAAAAAACUGAAAUCACCAGGCAAUGAGAAUUCAGUCCAGAGAAUCUGAGGAGAAGAAAAAGCAAACUGGCAAACAGACAUCAGUCAGGAAAUAAUUAAUAUAGAAAGGGAUAUAAAAAAAGUGGUGUUAGUAACAUUUUCACAGCAGCAUCGCCAUAAAGAAAUUCUGUUCUGGAAUUUCCAUCAGGGAGCGACGAGCACUACGAUUAAGAUCCAAACUACAUCCUCAGUGCUGCAGCUUCUCCAAAGAACACCUUCCCUUUCCACAGGGAGACCAGCAUCAAGAGAGAAAAAACCUCCCAAAAAACAUCCUGAUGGGAAUAACCAUCCAAAACAUCACAGGAAACACAGCAAUGGUAAUUUGGCCAAAAAUGGCCAGUUGUGUCGACAGCUUUUACAGCAUUAUGUACCACCCUAACUGGAACAGCAUGCUGUCCAGCUACUCCAGAAAGAGCUUCCAGAGGGAAGAGAGGGUGCCCACCACUCGCUCCUCCUUUGUGGUUGAAAACCUGACUCCCCUGACGACGUACAUCAUGUGCGUGACCUGCCAGUCCGCAAACCCCUCCAGCGACCAGUGCAGAGUUUUCAACACGCUGGAACGAGACCCGGCGUCGGCGAGCAGCACCAAGAAAGAGCUGGCUCUGGGCAUCUGGCUCACCAGCGGCGUGCUGCUCCUCAUCAUCGCCGCCGUGCUGCUCUACGGCUGCCUGCACCUCCUCUGCCGCAGGAGACACCAGCGCCUGCAGGAGCGGGGCGGCAGCUCCAAGCGGGAGCCUGAGGGGCCAUGGACCAAAAGCACGGCCCACGCCUCGGAUGAGCUCAGCAGGCAGAGCCAGCACACACAGGACGCUGAGGAAAAGCAUCCGGGUGGCAUCCAGCUGGCCACAAUCAUAGAGAAUCCCUCAGUGUGCAAUGAGCCCAUGGUGACAUCUUCAAAAAGUCAGGAGCGAGUCCCAGUGACAGGACAGUGCUCUGCUAUAAAUUAGAAAGGUUUUUGCCACGUGGGGUACCCCAGCUACUUCAAACACAUUGGUGCUCACAACAGGGAGCUCUGACUGCUCAGUGCAGCACUUCUGGCUGUACCUCUGAUUUCACACCCCUUUCCAACAGCCUGUAUGCAAAGGUUCACAUGCCCAAGAAGUGAGCACUUCACCCACCCACCCUUAUUUAAAAUUAAGCAUGUAGCAAGUAUUUGGUUUACAUUUCAAGGGGAAUUUUCAUUGCUUUUCUUUAGCCUAAAACAGCAAACAAAUAUAAAAAGUAGCCAAAAGUGACCAAAAUAAUUUUUGUUAACUAGCAUAUAUAAAACUGAGUAGGAGUUUUCAGAUGGCAACCCAGACUGCUACACUACAGGCAACUGGAACAUACACACAGAGUGCAGUGGUUUGCCAGUGUGAGCUUUACCCUAACAAUCCCAGCUGCUUCCCAAAACACACACUACUAUAAGCAGUACUAUACUCAGACAACACACUGCACUGCCCAUGGUGUUGCCCAUCCCUCCCCUCUGCACUGAGGUCAAUCUCAUGAUGUAAGAUAAACUCACCAGGUUUUUAACUGUAUCCUCUCAUUUGUCUUAUUUCCCCUCAGUCUAAAUACAUGGAAGAUAGAGACUUAGUAAGGACACGUCUAAUUAAGGAAAUAUCCUGGGUUAUUGCAUUUUGCACUCUUCUGCUCCCACCACAAGCCACCUUCUGCUCCAUGGGCCAGAGACUCCCUGCAGAGGAAAUGGAAUCCAGAAAUGCAGCUCCUGGCCCUUCCUUUUCCCCUUCCCUUUCAGCUUUAAUGAUAACAUGCGUUAAUCAGCAGCAAAUUUCUUUCCAAUUGCACAGUACAUUUUGUGUGAUGAAGGGGGUAAAACAGUAAAAACAUGCUAAAAUGCAUUUUAUUUCUGUAACAAGAAAACCCGAUCAUCUCACUCUGCCUUGAGCUUCAUGGCAAAGUGCCAAGGUCCUUUGGACAGAAAUCUGUUCACCCUCACUAGUGACAAGUGUUGUCUGAUUUACAUGUGUAAGUCACCCUGUUUUAAACCUCUUAAGUGCAUUUGUGUUCCAUAAAAACAUAAUAAAUCUUAGUAUUGCUGCA